AUGGACGAUCUGGAGUCGAAGCGGCCGCCGUCGCCCGACUCCGUGCGGACGAAGCCGACCGCGAGAGAGGAGACAGAAACGGUGAUCCGUUCCACGCUGAAGGAGAUCAUGAUGUCCGUGGACUUGGACGAGGUGACCAGCAAGACGAUCAGGAGCAAACUGGAAGAGGAGCUCGACAUGGACCUGGGCGAGUACAAGUCCUUCAUCGAUCAGGAGAUGCUGGUCAUCCUCGGCCAGAUGGACGCCCCCACCGAGAUAUUCGAGCACGUCUAUUUGGGCUCCGAGUGGAACGCCUCGAACUACGACGAGUUGCAGAAGAACCGAGUGGGUCACAUAUUGAAUGUGACCAGAGAGAUCGACAAUUUCUUUCCGGGAACGUUCGACUACCUCAACGUGCGAGUAUACGACGACGAAAAAACCGACCUGCUCAAACAUUGGGACGACACAUACAAAUACAUCACAAAAGCCAAAGACAAGGGUUCCAAGGUGCUGGUGCACUGCAAGAUGGGUGUCAGCCGGUCGGCUUCGGUGGUCAUCGCCUACGCGAUGAAGGCCUACAACUGGGACUUCGACACCGCCCUGCGGCACGUGAAGGAGAAGCGGACCUGCAUCAAGCCGAACACCAGCUUCCUGCUGCAGCUGGAGACCUACCAGGGCAUACUGGACGCGAUGAAGAACAGGGAGAAGCUGCAGCGGUCCAAGUCGGAGACCAAUUUGAAGUCGCCGGGGACCGGCAGCGAGAAGACCGAUAAGGCUGUGACGAGCGAGCCACCACCGACCGUCGAACCCUUCGCCGACCCCGCCGCCCACCUGUCCGGCCAGGACCUGCGCCAACUGGGCGGCCGCCCGAAAUCCUGGUCGCCGGACAACCUGCGCACGCGCGAACUCAAAUCCACCUCGCCGCCGCUCUCCGUCUCCCUCGAGGACCUCAACCGGAAGUCGCCCGACGAUAAGUCGAGGGAGGGGCGAGCGCCAGCUCCGCCCCCUGCCAACGCCCCGCCCCUCGCCAGGCACGUGCUGAUGCCGUGCGACAACGGCGAGUCGUACAGCGUGUCGCCCAAUCAGAUCGUGCAUCUGCCCGGGCACGAUUCGGGCGGGGCGGGAGGCGGGGGUGGGGAAACGGGGAGGAGGAGGAAGCUGGUACUGAAUUUGGCGACGCGGUUCGAGAAGGCAGAGGAGGCUAAGGAGGAGACUUGGGAUCCGGGCGAGGAGGCGGAGGGGAAGAGGAAGAAGUGCUCGAUGAAGGAGCCUGAGAGCAACACUGAAAGCGAUACCUGUGAUUCAAAAGACAAUAGUGCUACCUGCGUGUGGACAUCUUCUACGACGCUGAAGACAGAGAGUGCUGUGCCGUUUAGUGAUAGUUUAGUGAAAGUUCCUGAGGCUGCUCGACCGAGAACGGCCUGCGAUCCGUUCUCCAAUCAGCUGGACAGGGUGUUCGACCGCGAAGAGAAGAGACAGAACCGCACCACCAUCUCUUCCAGUUGCCCGCCGGAUUUGACGAGCAGAAGAGAGUCCCCGUCGAGACAGAGCUCGUGGAGCUCCUGCGACUCCGCCAUAGCGCUCGGCUUCCCCGGCUCCUCCGCCUCGGAGCUGUCGCGGCACAGCUCGUGGGGCUCGGGCGACGCCCCCCGCGGCGCCCCGCCCAGUCGCAACAGUUCGUGGGGCUCGUACGACCUGCGACCGCGGCGGCGGGGACGGCACGGAGAGACGCCUGGCGGCUCGGAGGCGGGCGAGCGAUCUAUCUGGCCGUAUGAGAAGGAGGAGAUACCUUGGCAUCCGGGGACUGUGCGCAGGUCGAAACAGAAGCUGGAAGAAAACUCGACCGGCAAAACGCCCAGCUCGGAAACACUCCUGUUCGACCUCAUCCAGGAACCCGCCGAAGCCAUAAACCCCGUACUGGUAGCGCCCUGCGACCACCCCAUCCCCUCCAGUGCCAUAUCUGACAAAAUAGACAUUCCAGUGGAGGAGCACAAGUACUCCGACUCGUCCAGACUGUCCAUCAGCGCUCCCGAGCCUUCCUCCAUGGAGCUGGUCUCUCAAGGAAGCUCGCUAUCCCGAUCCGCCUCCAACGUUUCCACGAUAGACAAGGGCUCGUCAGUGAAGAAGCACACCAGCUUCCUAGAGAGCCUACACAGCCAAGACACGGGCUCGAACUCGAAGAAAAACGAAGAUCUGCUGGACACUAACGGCUCCGGCAAAGUGAGGAACUUGAAGAAGGAGUUCGAAGCCAAGUCCAGUUCCAAACACAAAGGGACCAGUUUGCCUUCAUCGCCGGUGAGCGUGCACCUCCCCAAAGCGGACAAACUCGCGUCGGACGACGUCAACCUGAAAAACCUGAUCGGGCUGUUCGAGAACAAGGAGAGCGUCGUGAAUCUCCGGCAAAAGUCGCGUCCGUUCGCGCAGAACCGCAACACGCGUUAUUCGUGCAUCGAGGUGUCGCCGCGCAUCAUCCAGACGCCGCUGAUCGACAGUAUGGCGAAGAAGACGACCGGUUCGGAGGAGAAGCGCCCGCCCAUGGUGCCGGUGGUGCGGAACGCCUCGCCCUGUAUGGUGGUCGCCGCCACCGUGAUCACGGCGGCGAAGAAGAAGCAGCAGCAGUACGGGAAGAGCCAUCCAUUGGCCAGGUUGAAUAUCAAGCCGCGGCACAAU